ACUCGUCCGUUCCUCAUAAAAGUGUUAACCCCCAUCCGGCUUAUUCCUGUUAUUGAAGACCCUGUUGCCCGGAGCAAAUAACCCAACAACAAAUUUGUUGAGCCAAAAAUGGGAAGCGACAGGAAACCGGAGGAGAAGAAGAAGAGUAGGAAAAGGAGCUCUUCUUCACCUGCACAAGAUGAGGGGAAAGGUAAGAGGCAUAGAACAGUAGAAGAUGAGGAUAGAAAGAGCCGAAAGAGUGACAAGAAGGACAAGAAAAGAUCACAUAAGCAUUCUGAUAAAGAAAAGAAGACAAAGGAUAAGCAUAGAAGUAAACAUCGCCACUUGAACAUUGAGAUCCAAGAACUGUCCGGUGAUGACUAUUUCUCUAAGAACAAUGAGUUCUCCACAUGGCUGAAAGAAGAGAAAGAUGUGUUCUUCUCUGAUCUUUCUGCAGAAUCUGCACGGCAACUGUUUUCAGACUUUGUGAAAGCUUGGAACAAGAAAAAGCUUGAAUCCAGAUACUACGAGGGGAUUGAAACUGCACCCCGGUCUGCUCAUAAUUGGAAAAUCAAAGGGUGAAAAGCAACACUAGUAGUGGAUCUCUGCCCUUGCGCUCUGCAUAGCAUGUUUCGUUUUUCUUUUUUAUCAAUAGGUUUUAUGUCUACCCAGGGAUGGCUCAUAUACUUUUUCUCACAAUACAACAUGUAGCUUAAAUCCAUUUAUGAUUCUUUCUUUUGUAAGUUGUAACUGGUAAAAGGUAAUAUCAAGAUGCAGCAGUAGACACCAUGUUAUCUAUCUUAAAUGGAGGGUUGAUGCUA